AAGGAUCUUUUUCUACAAAAGUUUUACAAAAUAAUUAUCAUUUCAUCAAAGAAUUGAUUUUAGAAAAAAAGUUCAUCCCAUUUCCACCCAGACCAACCUCUUUACGAUUAACUUUCGGACCGAACCCUCACAACCAAAUAAUUGUUCCCGAUGAAUACGCACCAAAGGAUGGGUAUGAAAAUGACGGAAAGCUCGAUAUAAUCGGCGGAGCAAUUGCAAUUGAACCAAAGUUGGUAAAAACUAUGGGAGAAAAUAGGAUUCGACUAGAUUUGUGA